UAUGUAUAUUGUAUCUCCGGCAGAAAACAUACAAGUGCGCUUCCGGUGUCGUACGGCGACUGCCGCGGAUGUUGAUGUUUUGUUUGUGAGCCUGCGCCUGGAAGAUGUGAACUAUCGUUUGCGGGACGCCUCGCUUUAUUCUUUACUUGCUCAGUCUCCAUCCGAGUAGGUUUGCUGGUAGAAUCCAUCGUGUCUGACCCGGCGUCUCGACCCGGGAGCAUCGCGGUUUGGCGGGGACGUGGUGCGAUGAUGGAGGACUUUGACGAGAUCUACGAGGAAGAGGAGGAGGAAGAGGACGAGGACAGGGCCGCGGAGGAACAGCUUCUCAAGUACGCUCCGGACCCGGUGGUGGUGAGAGGCUCCGGACACGUCACCGUGUUUGGGCUUAGUAACAAAUUUGAAUCGGAAUUUCCUUCAGCACUUACAGGCAAGGUAGCACCAGAAGAAUUCAAAGCAAGUAUCAACCGCGUGAACAGCUGUCUGAGGAAGACGCUGCCGGUGAACGUGAGGUGGCUCUUGUGCGGCUGCCUCUGCUGCUGUUGCACACUUGGCUUCAGUUUGUGGCCUGUCAUUUGUCUCAGCAAGAGGACAAGAAGAUCUAUAGAGAAGCUUCUAGAGUGGGAGAACAGUAGACUCUACCACAAGUUGUGUUUGCAUUGGCGACUGAGCAAAAGGAAGUGUGAAUCCAACAACAUGAUGGAAUAUGUAAUCCUAAUAGAAUUCCUCCCGAAGAUCCCCAUCUUCAGACCCGACUAGCCCAUCUGCUCUGAAGAUGCCGACUAACGAACUAAAGUCCCUCCUGAAUCACUCCAAGAGGAUUUUUGUGUUUACAGGGUACAACAUCCACCCUCUUCUUUUCCUUUACGGACCACUUCUCUCGCCAUUAUCAAGCUUUUUUUGUUUACAAGAGUGCUAACUGGUGGUUCUGAAAAGGGGGGAUUCACACCCAAUGUUUCAGAUUUUACAGCUGGAAACAGUUUUCCAGACCGAAGCACAGAGUGAACACAUGGUGACACUGUUGGCAGCUCGGGUACUGUCCACCAAACCACCAAUACAUGCCCGGGCUUUUUUUUGUUUGUUAGUUUGUUUUUAAACAGGCGGCUGUGGAGGACUACUAAAUAUUAGGCUCCAAAAAGGCCACAAUUGAAGAGUGUAGCAGUCUUACAAGGAGCACCUCUGUAAGGAACCACCAUCAAUAUUGCCUGCACCCAGAGACAAUCAGUCUGAAUGGAUGAACUCAUUUGGCUUAACAAAUAUGUGUUGUUUUUUUUACUGUUUUGGGUUACAUCACAUCACAGAUUUUAUUUGAAUGGCAACCUUGUGGUUGCCAACAAAUAGCAAACUUAUCUUUUUUUUGUCUUGACAUGUAUUCUUAUUUUAAAGUCUCUCUCUGGUCAUGUGUCAACUGUAAAGUAAAAGCACACGAUUGUCUUUUUGUCCUUCAUAUUAUCCUAACCCAGGGGAGGUAAACAGCUACGAGUGUGGCCCAGAUGAGAGAAUAUAUGACUAAAAGUAACAUUACAGUAACCUUUAUUUUGUAGUUUGAAUAAUAACACUCAUCGUCUGUUAAUAUUCACAUUUUAUUAAACUUAGGAUAUAUUUAUUCUACAGCUAAUAAACCAAUGUUUGGAUUUGACACAGUAUGUAAUAGGAUGGGUGUUUGGCUACAUUAUUCUUAAUCUACGUAGUAAUGCCAAUCGAUUAUUUCAAAAAUAUGUUCAAAGUGAUCUUUGAAUGUUCUAAACACCUAUUUCCAUGCCAGUGUUGUAUUGAGCAGAACGUGCCAAGCCACCUUCAGACCACAAACUUGAGAUUGAAUCAACAGCGCCUCUGCUGGUGGCAGCCAAGUAGUGCACUUCAAAACACAAAUUCCUCACUCAACAGAAUUCCUACUUAUUGUUAUUCCUAGCCCUAUGUGAAACAAAGCGACCUAUAUGUGGGUCACACUCAGGGGACUAUCAUCCAUCAACAACAACAAUGUAGCACAGUCAGGGUAUUCUCUAUGGUUAAUAUACCACAUUACUUGAAUAUUUGUUUAUUAUAUAUCUAUAUAUAUAUAUAUACACGCAGUAUAUUCCCCAACAACUGUCCUAGUUGAAUGAAGUGAACACAUAUUACCAGAGAAGCAUUUUGUGUUGUUUUAUGUGUUGUGCUUGCUAUGUUCUGCACAUUCACAUCCACUUACAAUGAUUGAUGCUCAAAUGUUGAGUUUAAGUGAAUUUGUAAUGAUUGAAUGGGUAACAUUUGGUUGGAAGUGACACACAAGUGAAUUUUGUAUUUUAUUUUAUAUUAUUACAGUUUGAAAAUGUACAUCCUUUAUCUUAUCUUACAAGGGAUCUUGUAAAUUCUCACAAUCUAGACCAGAGGUCGGUAACCUCUACUAUCAAAAGAGCCAUUUUACCCCCCCUCCCUCACUAAAGAAAAAUAGGCUGGAGCCGCAAAACAUAAUUUAUAAACAAUAGCUAAUAAACUUUCAAAAGUUGUAAUUUUUAAGUUUUAACAGCAAAAUGCAGUGUAGCAACGUGGUCACAUCCGGAGCGAAUUGCGAGUCUCCCAAGAUUUUGAUUGACUGCCAGAUUCAGAGGGAAUUUUGGGGUAUCAAAGUAGUUCAGAGGAGAAAAAGCAGAGUUGAUCAAGUAUUCUUGGUAGUAUACAGUCUCAUAGAAAGUCAGAUUUUUUUCAAAACUCAUUACAAAGAUGGGCAUUUUUCUUCAUUUGGAAAGGAAGCCAAAACAAAGAGGCUGAAGAGCCACAUGCGGCUCUGGAGCCGUGGGUUGCUGACCCCUGAUCUAGACCAAGGGAGUCCAAACUUUUACCACAAAGGGUCACAUAGUGGAAAAAAAGAUUGAGGGGCCAUUCAGUAUUUUUAAAAUAUCCAAUAGAGAUAUGUUGAAAUUUUUUUUUAUAUUUAUAAAAAAAAAUUCACAUCAUGACUAUUCUCAUAUAUUCCCAACCUAAUUUUCCAAAAAAUUGCAAGGUUCUUUUUGUUUCUCAUAUUGCAACUUAUUUUUUAUUUUUACUCAAUAUCAUGACUUUUUUUCUCCUACUUUGUCUUUAUCCUCUUAACAUGAGCCGAGGGCCAAUGUGCUGUAAAUGGCACCCGGGCCGCACUUAAGACAUCCCUGAAUAUGUCAUAUGGAUGUUCAUGUCAUGUUCGGUAUUCAAGAAAAUAACAUUUUUUUGUCACUGCAA